AUGUCCGACAUGUCCAAUACCGGAUCAUCCGAGAACAGCGCCCAAACAAGAUUCGCAGCUGCUGCCAAAAAAAAGUGCCUGGCCAGCAUUGUGAGCUUUGCCGGAGGCGACCUAUGCAGUCAGGUGGCGAUCAGUCGCACGAGAUGUCCGGUAGAGGCUGGUUGCAUCGGAGAGAGCGAAUAA